UCUCUCUCUCUCUCAAGGAUUUUAUCGAACACCUUGUCUGCGUCUCACCACCGCCGUUAUCUCGCCGGAACAGUAAUCCUCCGGCCACGAAGACGUCAAUCAAGACUCUUAGGAAGCCAAUAGAUUCUAUUUAUUAUCUUGGUGACAGAAUCGGGAACGUAAUAUGUGGCGGCGGAGACGGAGGUUGGUUAAGUAAUUGAUUCUUGAAGAAAGUAACGGUAAUAAGAUAGAUGGGGAAGGUAGGACUAGGUUUGGCAGUGGGGUGUGCGGUUGCGAGCUGUGCGAUCGCGGCGGUGAUGGUGGGGAGGAGAGUAAGGAGUAGGAGGCGGUGGUGGGGGGUAGUUAGGGUGUUUGAUGAGUUUGAAGAGGCGGCGUCGACACCGGUCGGAAGGUUAAGACAAGUGGUUGAUGCUAUGGCUGUCGAGAUGCACGCUGGUUUAGCCUCUGAAGGUGGUAGUAAGCUUAAGAUGUUACUCACCUUUGUCGACAACCUCCCUGACGGGAGCGAGAACGGAAUAUAUUAUGCCCUACAUGUCGGAGGCACCAAUUUUAGGCUUCUUAGGAUUCAGCUUGGUGGCCAGAGGGCUAUCCUUGAGUAUGACGUUGAGCGGGAACUAAUUCCACAACAUUUGAUGACCAGCACAAGCGAGGAACUAUUUGAUUUCAUUGCUUUGUCCUUGAAGGAAUUUGUUGAAAGGAAGGGAAACAAUUUGCAGAUUCCACAAGUUAGAGGGACGAAUCUUGGAUUGACAUUCUCAUUUCCUGUCAAACAGAUGUCUGUCUCAUCAGGCACUUUGAUCAAAUGGACUAAAGGGUUUGCCAUUGAAGACAUGAUUGGAAAAGACAUUGUUGAAUGUCUGCAAAGGGCGUUGUCUAGAAGAGGUCUAGAUAUGACUGUUACUGCACUUGUGAAUGAUAGUGUGGGCACGUUGGCCCUUGGCCAUUUUUAUGAUAAAGACACAGUUGCUGCAGUGGUGAUUGGAACUGGUACCAAUGCCUGCUAUUUGGAGCGGGCUGAUGCAGUUAUCAAAUGUCAAGGCCUUCUCACGACUUCAGGAGGCAUGGUGAUCAACAUGGAAUGGGGUAAUUUUUGGUCCUCACACUUGCCUAGAACAUCAUAUGACAUUGAUUUGGAUGCUGAGAGCCAGAACCCCAAUGAUCAGGGUUUUGAGAAAAUGAUAUCAGGAAUGUAUCUAGGUGACAUUGUAAGAAGAGUAAUCCUCAGGAUGUCAUUAGAAUCUGAUGUCUUUGGACCAGUUUCUUCCAAGCUGUUGGCACGGUUCGUCUUGAGUACACCAUCAAUGGCGGCCAUGCAUGAAGAUUACUCGCCCAACUUGAGUGAAGUUGACAAGAUCUUAGAAGAAACCUUGGAUAUACACGAUGUUCCGCUAAAAGUUAGAAAACUGGUUGUCAAAAUAUGUGAUGUGGUGACAAGAAGGGCUGCCCGGUUGGCAGCUGCCGGCAUUGUGGGCAUUUUGAAGAAGAUCGGUCGAGAUGGCACAGGGGGAAUUACAAGCGGAAGAAUCAAAAGCGGAAAAAGUGGUAAAAUGAGAAGAACAGUGGUGGCAAUGGACGGUGGAUUGUACAUGAGCUACACGAUGUUUAGAGAAUACUUAAAUGAAGCAGUUGCAGAGAUAUUAGGGGAAGAAAUUGCCCCAUAUGUGAUUCUGAAGGUGAUGGAAGAUGGAUCAGGCAUUGGAGCAGCUAUGCUGGCUGCAUCAAAUUCAGCCCAAAGUGUGGAUACAGUACAGAUUCGCUAUUGUGGUAUGGAAAAAUAACCGGAUUUGGUCCCUCCCUCUAACGACGGAAAUCAGAUUCGAGGGAAAAGGGGAUGAGUAGGUAAAGAUGAAGGUGAUGGUUACCACGAGGUGCUCACGAACAAAGAGGGGAUGGUGACCGGUGCUCCGAUUGACAAAGAAGGAAGGUCGUUAACAAGGAGAACAGUCUGGUCGUCGCUGGGUGGCGGGGGAGAUCUUGUUGACGAGCAUCAUCAGUUCAUCACCGUGCUUUGGCCGGCGAGUUGUGGCCGGGAGUUUUAACCCGCGAAGAUGUUGGUUCCUGGCUCAAGUCAAGGAUUCAUAUAUACAUAUAUUUACAAUUUUGUCCCUGGAAUUUUAAGUAAAUAAA